UGCUUUAAAGCUCAGUUCCGACAGCCAGCCAGCCAGACUCUGCUUGGAGGAGCGUCCUUGCGGCACCCACCCUUCCCUCCCCGAGCAGCUCGGGCUCACAGGUGCCCCAACAGCCCGGCGGGAUGGUGGCGUGCAGCCUCGCUUGCUGGCGGUGCCGUUGGCUCCUGCCCCUGCUGCUGGGCCUGGCCAUCAUCAUGGGUAUCAUCGCACUGGCAGGCCGGGGCUGGCUGGAGUCUGAGUCGGAGCCCUACGUGCACCAAGCGUCUCUGUGGGAGAGCUGCACGCGGGGCGAGCAGGACCUCAACUGGAACUGUGAAUCUCUCAUGGACUAUGGAUGGGGGAGAGCAGCAGCUGCUACAUACCUCGUUGGCUUUGUGAUCCUGGUCAUCUGCUUCGCCCUCGCAGUCAUCGCAUUCUCAAUUGAAAUACUUCGCUUCAACUUUGUGCGAGGAAUUGGAGGCUUGCUAUUUGUUGUUGCUGCAUUCCAAAUCAUAGGGCUGGUCAUCUAUCCAGUGAAAUUCACAGAAGAAAUUCCACUGAUGGGAGCUAAUAUGUUCAGCUGGGCCUACGGUUUCGGUUGGGCCAGCACUGUUGUUGUGAUAGGUUGUGCUUUCUUCUUCUGCUGCCUCCCCAACUGGGAAGAUGAAGUCCUGGGAAACAUCAAGCCGACAUACUACUACUCCUCCCCAGAUAGAGCACCAUACUUAAAUUGAAAAGUUAAAUCCAACAGCAAUCAACUGUCAAAGCAAUAGAAGAACACCUUUGCUGCAAAUGUUGGUGCAAUUAUGAGAGACUGAAAAAAAAAACAACUUAAAACCUUACCUUAUUUUUUCAGUAUAUUUCUUACAAGCACUGGUUAAAAAAAAAUAAAUUAAAAACCAUUGGCAUCUGUAAGCAAAUAACUUUUACCUAAAGUAUUAUUUACAUAUUCUCAUGUCAGUUCUGUUUUGGUGGUUUACUUACUCCUUUCCCUCCCAACUGAGUCAUCCUUAUUUUAUUCAAAUAUAUCCUUACAAAUAAAGAUGUAGCUUUGCAAGCUGGAAAGGAGGAGAGAUUUUAAACAACCCACAGGGGGGACCUGCAAGUUAUUUUAUUUUUU